AUGAACUUGACCUUUGUGCUUGCCAGCGUCAUCCUCGCCUUCUUGUCUUUGACUUUCUUCUCUGUCAUUUCAACCUACAACACGGCGCGUAAGAUUGCCUUACCCGUCAUCAUCAGUCCUGUAUCACCUUUGAAUCCGCUAUGGAUACUGACUUACAGAACAUUUCCCUUCGUACUCUUGUUGAAGCAUCUACCCUUCGGCCUUGGGAAAUGGGCUAGAUGCACAUACAUGGGCUGGACUUUUCAUGACAAGCAUGCUUUACACGAUGAGCUUGGCCCUGUGUUCAUUGUUGUUACGCCUAGUGGAAACGAAGUCAGCGUCGCAGAUCCUCAAGCCACGCACACCAUUCUCUCGCGCCGGAAAGAAUUCAUCAAGCCAGCUGUCAUGUAUGAACAGCUCAAUGUCUUUGGUCGCAAUUUGAACACUGUCGAGGGCGAAGACUGGCAGCGUCAAAGGCGGCUUACGGCUCCAAACUUCAACGAGAGAACAAGCUCGCUGGUAUGGAAGGAAGCUCUGAGGCAAGCACAUGACAUGGCCCAAUUUUGGGCAGAGCAAGGAGCAGAAGGCACAAGGGAAACCGUGGCAGACACCGCAACGCUAGCACUACACGUACUGACCUGCGUUGGAUUCGGUCUCUCUUAUUCUUUCCACCAUGGGGUCCGCGACUUGUCUGACGGGCAUAGCAUGACCUAUCGGGAUGCUCUUUCUCUGUGUCUACGCAACAUUAUAACUUUCGCCAUAUUUCCAAAGAAGGUUCUGACCCUGUCUUUUCUUCCAAAGAGACUGAGGAGUCUCGGUGUCGCGACCCAGGAGUUCCAGAAAUAUAUGGAAGAGAUGCUGACGCAUGAACGCAACAUGGCGGCAAAACGUGAACAUGGGACUGGGAAUUUAAUGGGCUCACUUGUGCGAGCCUCAGAGGAGGCCCAAAAGUCUAGUGAUAUAAACGACUCCACCCGUCUAGGCCUCACUGACGAGGAAAUCUUUGGCAAUAUCUUUGCUUUCAAUCUUGCGGGGCAUGAAACGACCGCAAACACUAUGGCUACUUCGCUCGUGCUGCUGGCUGCGAACCCUGAAUGCCAAGCUUGGCUCAUAGAAGAGGUCCAUCAUGUCUUAGGGAAUUCUGGUGGCUCAGGAGGUUGGAAGUACGAGGAAAGCUUCCCUAAUUUAGAACGAUGCCUUGCUGUGAUGUACGAGACUCUACGUCUGUAUGGCUCCAUAGUCUUCAUCCCGAAGUCAACCGGUUUUCAUUCCCAAAGCCUCGCUCUGGGCGACAAAACGUAUAUACUUCCUUCAAGUACGGCGAUCAACAUCAACGUACAAGCUCUCCACACUGAUCCUCAAACUUGGGGUUCGGACGCCCUCGACUGGCGUCCGAGUCGCUGGCUCAGAGCUUCUUCUCCCACAUUCAGCAGCCACGGUAAUCAUACAUUGCCGAUGGCAGAGGAAACUUUCAUUGAGCCCGAAGCCGGAACUUUCAUCCCCUGGGCAGAUGGUCCACGAGAAUGCGUCGGCCGAAAAUUCUCUCAGGUAGAAUUUGUAGCCGUUCUGGCGAGCCUAUUCCGGCAAUACCGCGUGAGGCCGGUAGUCAAGAACGGAGAAGGCGAAGCGGAUGCGAAGAGGGCGCUGGUGCGUAUGGUUGAUGAUUCGGCUAUCUCAGCUAUCACGCUACAAAUGCUGGAGCCUCGAAGUCGCUCGCUUAGAUGGGAGAGACAGAACUGA